UCUCUGUCCCUCUCUGUAUGGAACAUCUGUUAACUUCAGUGGACUCGAGCGAUCGAAGAAGUUGUGUGCUUAUCAAUUUUCUAACCUACCACUUAACGAAUGUUGCGCUAGUCUAGUGACAAAUUGUCACGGGUACGCUUAGUGAUAAUUAAUUUAAUAACAAUACCAUGAUGUCACGAUCUGUGAGGGCAGAGACUCGAAGUCGUGCCAAGGACGAUAUUAAGCGUGUGAUGCAAGUUGUUGAUAAAGUUCGCCAUUGGGAAAAAAAAUGGGUAACGAUAGGAGAAACCACAAUGAAAAUUUAUAAAUGGGUCCCCAUAUCGACGCUUGAACAGAAAAAGAAGGGAAAGACGGUGGUUGAUAAAGAAAAUGGCAUAAGUAGGAAAGGAGGCAUAGAUUCAUGUAAUUCCAAUUUUGGUCUCACUGAAGAUUCUAACACGUGUUUCUCCACUGUAAGCGAUUCUCAAGGGUUAACCGAUUUCUCAACACAUCUGGGAUUCUCAGAAGAUUCAAACUCACAAAAUAGUGAACUUGCGCCUAAGAGGCUAAAGACUGAUUGAAUGGCUGUAACUUUUAACCUGUGAGUGAGAAACAUAACUGCAGAUUGCGUCUUUUGAAGUCGUAUGCACACGAGAUUCUUACAUUGAGGCUCUUCGAUGUCGAGUAUCAUAAAAAGAACCUUUUAUUUGGACCAAUCUACUUUUGCACUUUAUUACAGACAACCAUUUUAGUUUCAGUGCAGUCAAUGUACUAACAAAAGUUUCAAAAUUGCUGUGAAUUAUACAUAGUGGUUGAUUAUAAUUGAUUAUGACAUUACGGCAUUGAUCACCCGAUAAUUGUUUUUGUUGAAUCAGAUAUAAAUACAUAAUUUAUUGGAAUUAAAAAAAUCCGAUAAUGAUAUUAAUGUUGAGUUUAAAGGUCCAUUAAUAGCGUAUCGACGUUUGGGACAUGAUUUACAGCUUGUGUAUACAAUUAGUAUAUAGAAGCAAUAAGACGAUUGAGAUUCAUUUUGAGAAUCCUUCAGUGCGACUGCCAUGAACCAAAAAAUAUCAGAUUAUCAUUAUAAACAGUCUGUAUAUUAAAUAUGUUCUUAGAAUCAUGAGAGUACUAUAAACGAGCUUAUAGCUAAUGCACUUUUUUGAGAAAAUUCGUGUACACUUAAUAGACUCUCAUAUUCUAUGCUGGAACUUGAAUUUUUUGUCAAAGGAAGUGAACGCAUCAAUGUUUGUCUUACGACUAGGUACGUACAAAUAAUGUUAAAGGAGAAUGGUACUGGAAUAUUUAAUUUAUUAGAAUUCAUAAAAUCUUCCGUGUCCAGCUCUCAUACUAAAUUGUUUAUUUCUUGUGAUACAUUUGUACAUAUUUCCGAUACGGUUUUAGCUAAAUAACGCGUAUGUAUAACAUCAGCAUUCCCUGACAUGUUCUGUUAGUAAGAUAUGUAAAAAAGAAACAAUUUCCUAUGAGAAUAAACGUGAAAAUCAGUAUGAAA